AUGGACUCUUCAGACAGACCGUCGCUUCGCCAAAGACUAAGCAAUUGGGGCCGAACCGACACGAAACCGGCCGCUACCGACUUAACCGCACCCCCUAACGACCCUAGCGAAAACAUGGAACUGCCUCCUCUUCCUCCUGUGGAGCUCCUGGGCUACUCCCACUCCACCCGUACCAAGAUCAUGACCACCGAGCUUGCUGACGAAAUUCGAAACCUGGUUCCCGAACGAAUCAAACUGUACCGAUCGUGGCAGCUGCAGUACUCUCUGGAGCAGCAUGGUACUUCUCUGACUACUCUAUACCACCGAAACAUCCCUCCUCAUGGAGACACUGCUCGAAAUGGCUUCGUUCUGGCCGUCAAGAACUCCAGAGGUCAGGUGUUUGGUGCAUACACGGACCAGCAUUACCAUGUUGGUGGCAAAAAGUUCUACGGUAACGGUGACUGCUUCCUUUGGAAGGUAAAGAAUGCAGACUCGUUCCAGGCUUUCCCCUAUACUGGUGAGAACAACUUUGUGGUCUACUGCAACCCUCACUUCUUGUCUUUGGGUGGAGGAGAUGGCAAGUACGGCCUGUGGCUGGAUGACGCCCUCAAGACAGGUGUCACCUACCCUUGUGCCACCUUUGGAAACGAGCCUCUGGGAGACGAGAAGUUCGAUGUGGUGGCAGUGGAGGUCUGGAGAGUCGGAGAGUAG